AUGAAUGUGUUAUCCUAUAAUAUUAGGGGAGGAUGUAUGUCUUCCAAAAGGAAGAGAGUUAGUUUCUUAAUUCAAUCCAAUAAUAUUGACGUUUGUUUUAUUCAAGAGACCAAGUUACAUGUCUUCAAUGAGUCUCUUGCUUGUGAUUUUUGGGGUAAUAAGGAGGUUGAGUGGACAACUUGUAAUUCUGUCGGAGCGGCGGGUGGCAUGGUGAUUUUAUGGAGGAGAGGAGCUUUGUCUUUAAAUUACAGUUUCUUGGGUAAAGGGUUUGUGGGGAUAAACAUUAAUUGGAAGGGUGUGGGCUACAACUUGGUUAAUGUUUAUGCGGCUUGUAACAGGGCGAAGAGACUCUUGACUUGGGAUUUGCUUUUAUCCAAGAAAAGGUCUAGAGGGGGUGAGGAAUGGUGUGUGGUGGGGGAUUUCAAUGAAGUCUUGAGGAGAGAAGAAAGAAUAGGAGAGGGAGUUAACCGAUUCACUAAAGGUAUGGAGGAGUUUAGGUGUUUUGUGGAACAAAUGGAUUUGGUCGAUUUAAAUUGUGUCGGAGGGAAGUUUACGUGGUUUAAACAUAAUGGCAAAGCUAUGAGUAGACUUGAUAGAUUUCUUCUUUCAAAGAAGCUCGUAGAGGAGUGGGAGAUUUUUUAUCAAAGAAUAGACAAAAGAGAUAUAUCAGAUCAUGCUCCAAUCCGGUUAAGUGUGGGAAAGCUUGAUUAG